AUGGCGCUCACGACCUACAGCUGCAAAGAAUGCGGAUCGGAUCUGAAUCUGAACCCGAACGAUCUGUUUCCUCCUGAUUUCUACUUCGAAGCCGGAAACAAAGGAACGGUCUCCUUCGCCGCCGUCGACGCCGAGAAAUUCAGAUUCGAGAAAGAGGACAAGAUCAUCCCCUUCUUCGAAACGUUAAAUUACUGGGGAAUCCAACGGAAACGGACCAAAAUCAAGUGCAACAGCUGCGGCCACUUAAUCGGCCACAUCUACGACGAUGGUCCGCCGCUCACCGGCGGUAUCGGCCAGUACGGAUUCGGUCCGAGCCAGGUCGUUCCUCGUGCUCCUCGUUAUCGAUUCAAAACCAAGACGCUUCUCAUCUCGUCUCAGACCUAA